UCUCGGGCGACACGAGGGAAACGAGACAAGCGGGUUGUUGUUUUUUCUCCUUCUCCUUUUUUUGAUAAAAGCGUAUAUCCCCGGUGGAUGCCACCAUGAAGCAGAACACAUAAAUUGAGCAUUCAUAAGGACGCCGCCACUUGUACUUUACUGAAGAUAUUCAUCGGUGGGAUGAGGAACUGAAGUCUUGGGGAGUUUGUGCCAACAUGUCGAAACCAAUGGAUCACGUCAAACGCCCGAUGAACGCUUUUAUGGUUUGGUCCAGAGCCCAGCGCAGAAAAAUGGCUCAGGAGAACCCGAAAAUGCACAACUCGGAGAUCAGCAAGAGAUUAGGAGCAGAGUGGAAACUUCUCACCGAGUCCGAGAAGAGGCCAUUCAUCGACGAAGCCAAACGACUGCGCGCGAUGCACAUGAAGGAACACCCCGACUAUAAAUACAGACCGAGGCGGAAGCCCAAGACUCUGAUGAAAAAAGAUAAAUUUUCUUUCCCCGUGCCGUAUAAUCUCGGGGAGCACGACGCACUGAAAGUGAAUGGGCUUUCCAUGGGAGCGCUUUCUGAGUCCAUCAUCGGACACCACGACAAGGCGGCGGCGGCUGCGGCCGCGGCGGCAGCGAGGGUGUUCUUCAACCCGGCCAUGUCGAACCCCUAUUCCUUUUUCGACCUGGGAUCCAAGAUGACCGAGCUUUCCCCACAUUCGUUUCCGUACGGGUCUCCGUUGGGCUACCCGCCGGGUGGCUCCGCGGCUUUCACCGGGACUGGCGGCGGGACGCACGGCCACACUCACUCACACCCGUCCCCGGGAAACCCGGGCUACGUGAUCCCUUGUAACUGUACGGGCUGGCCCUCCGCAGGACUCCAGCCGCCCUUAGCUUACAUCCUGCUCCCCGGGAUGGGGAAGCCUCAACUUGAAACGUAUUCUGCAUAUGCUGCAGCGUUAUGAUAGGCCCACGUUUGGACUUCUGAGAAAAUGAAAUGUGAAAACUAAAACCAACAAAAACAAAAAGAAAAAAACACUAUUCAUGCAAGAGUUUUAUUAUGCAUGCACAAACUUGUACAUGUGAUGAAGUGCUCGUCGUCUCAGAUAUCACAUGUGUAUGUAUAUUGAUUUAUUCCUUUAUCUAAGGUACUGCUUAUUUAGCGAACUCUCUAAUCUACUGCUACCCAGCCAUCACCUCUCACAGCCCGGAGGGACAGGACUAAAUGAUGGCACACAUGCACACAUUUGAGGGGGAGUAUAUCAGAGAAUUUUGUGAAAACCCCCAUUUUGAAAGGUACACUCUUCGAUUUCUAUCUUUUGCAAGUUGCACCUGCUUAGACUAACCUGUUGGAAUCAAGGGCAGCAGAUACCACGAUGAUAUUAAUCACAGGAUUUCCUCCCAGAUUAUGUUGUAAUUCAUGGGUCGAGGAGGAUUUGUCACAACAGUUCUCGCCUCUUGAACGACUGUAAAUGUGUACAGAUAAGAACGACUCUAGUUUAUUUGCCGUUAUAGGCUUAGUGUUUGAGAUAGGGCCAGGCACGCGUUUCACUAGAAAUGCGAUGUAUAUUCUGAGUUUUUAAACCGUUUUAUAGAUGUCUGUAAUAUUUAUUGUUUAGUGGAAUCUAUGGUGACCCAGACAAUUUUAAAAAGGACAAGACUAGUUCUGUAAUAUUUGCACAUGAAACGCAGAGGAUGUAAUUUAUUUCGAAAAGGACAUUCAAGUUCAGUGGGUUUGAUUUAGCAAACCUUUUUGUUGUUGUUGCUCUCUCCUCCAAACAGUGAAACAGUUCCAAUUGAGAUGCAGGUGGAAGUUUAUUCGAGGAGUUUAUGUCUUGACCCCUCACCCUCCCACUCCUCGUAUCAUGUGCAGCAGAAGAAGAAGAAAAAAAUCGUUUUUAACUAACUCUUAUGGAAUUUGUAUGUUUUGUGUUUUCUUUAACUUCCGUUAUGUACUUCAACCUAUACUUCACGUGUUGAGCAAAGGACUACAAUAAAGCGUAUUCAGAUUAAACGGAAGAGAAUC